AUGGUGCUGUAUGGAGCAAGUGGGAGGCUCCUGCUCCUGUCUCUGCUGGUCGUAGCCCUGACGCCCGCCCAGGGCUCUCCCUCCUGCACUCAGCCCUCCUGCAGAGAGGCCCUGGUAGCGGCUCUGGUUCCGGGGCCUUGUGAGGGGGGUCAGGGCGGGACAGGGAGCUGCAAGACGCUCCAGGCAGAUGCCCCACGGAGGAUGGAGCCGAGGCAUGACAUCAGCCAGAGCCAGACCAAGACAGGAGCUAAAGAGCGGCUGGUGCAGCUGCAGCGGUGCAUGCGUUCCCUACAGGAAACACAGGGGCCCUGGAGCGUCGGGCCCCAGGAGGGCUCUCUGGGGGCCAUUCUGUCGCUGAUGGCCGCAGUGUUGACAGAGUGUGACCUUCACUGUCACAGUCAGGCGCUGGGGGCCAUGGCCAGAAGACUGGAGAGCGCAGCCGUCGGCCGAGAAGGAGAAAAGGACCUUUUACUUUUUCUGCAGAGCAUCACACAGCAAAACCCCACAGUCCCUCCGUUAGAGCGGCUUCAUCCAAAAGACUGCUCGGAGAUUUUCAGACUUGGGAUAAAAGAGAACGGGAUCUACACCAUCCAGCCAGACCGGACCGGCCCCGCAUUCGAGGCUAAAUGUGACAUGGAAGCAGCGGGCGGCGGGUGGACGGUGGUUCAAGCGCGGCACGACGGCUCGCUGGACUUCAACAGGACAUGGCACGAGUACCGUGAGGGCUUCGGAGGCCCGUCAGGGGAGAUGUGGCUGGGGAAUGCGGCCCUCUCCGCCCUCACAGCCACAGGACAACACCAGCUGCGUAUCGAGCUGGAAGACUGGCACCAUCAGAAGAGACACGCAACAUACAGCAACUUCAGAGUGGCCUCAGAGGCGCAGAGGUUCCGUCUGAUGGCGAAGGAGUACUCUGGUGACGCCGGUAACGCUCUGAGCUACAGCAAACGCUACAACCACGACGGCAGGCCCUUCAGCACCAACGACCGCGACAACGACCGCUACGCUAACGGAAACUGUGGCCUCUACUACGGCGCGGGUUGGUGGUUCGACGCCUGUCUGGCCGCCAACCUGAACGGACACUACCACAGGGGGCGCUACAGUGGAGUGACCAACGGCAUCUACUGGGGCACGUGGUACAUCCUGACAGACGGGCGAACCGGAGAGCGGUACUCCUUUAAGAGAGUGGAGAUGAAGACCAGACCCAGGGACUUCCCCGGAAUGUCCUGA